AUGGGAUCCGAAUCCAUCCACAGCGAUAGGCACGAUGAGAAGAACCCGAAGCACGAGGUCGCCAUCGUCAAGACGGCCAUUGGUGAUGAGGCUUUCCAACAGGCGAUGAUCAAGGAACCCCCGCCUAAGUUGGCAGCCCCCAUCCUCAUCUUCGCCAGCAUGGUCGCCUUCUGCUGUUCUACCGCCAACGGAUACGACGGUUCGCUUUUCGGGACUCUUCUCGCAAACGAGGACUUCAAGAACUUCUUCGACGUUGACAAUAAGGGUAUCGGUGCUGGUAUCGUCACUUCCAUGUACCAGAUCGGCUCCGUCGUUGCUAUUCCUGCUGUUGGCCCUGCUAUCGAUACUUGGGGCCGCCGUGUCGGUAUGACUAUUGGCUCUUUUAUCAUCAUCAUCGGUGUCAUUAUCCAGAUCGCCUGCAUCAAGACCGCCAGUGUCGAUCAGUUCAUGGCUGGCCGCUUCUUCCUUGGUUUCGGUGUCUCCAUUGCCGCCGCAGCUGGUCCUACCUAUGUCGUCGAGGUCUCUCACCCUGCUCACCGAGGUAUCAUCACUGGGUUGUACAACGUUAUGUGGCCUGUUGGUGCUCUCGUUGCCAGCAGCGCUGCUCUUGGAGGCUUGGACUACAAGGGAUCUAACACCUCUUGGAUGAUCUCUGUCUGCCUCCAGCUCAUGUUCCCCUGCACCAUCUUUUUCUGCGCCAUGCUGCUCCCCGAGUCGCCUCGAUGGCUGUACACCCGUGGACAGAAGGAACUCGCGACAUCGAACCUUAUCAAACUCCACGGACAUGGUAACCCCGACAGCGAGUGGGUUAAGCUUCAACUCCACGAGUACGAGGAGUAUCUCGAGAUGGACGGUAGCGACAAGCGAUGGUGGGAUUACCGUGCUCUGUUCCGUAACAAGGCUUCCAUGUACCGCCUCACAUGCAACUGUCUCGUCUCCCUCUUUGGUCAAUGGGCCGGAAACAGCAUUGUCUCUUACUACCUGAGUGCCUUCCUCGAUACUGCCGGUAUCAAGGGUGAUAAGACACAGACCAAGGUUGCCUUGGGUAUGAACGCCGUCCAGAUCGUGUUCGCUGCUAUUGGUGCUGGAUUUACCGAUACUGUUGGUCGUCGACCAAUGCUUCUCGUUGUCAAUCUUGUUUGUGCUCUUUGCUGGGUCGGCGUUACAGUCCCUGCCUCGAUUGCCAAUAUCACCGAUCUUGAUGAUCAAGCACAGACGGAUGCUGUCACUGGCCCAGUCAGCAAAGCCAUCCUGGCCUGGGUUUACCUCUUCCAGAUCUUUUACUCCGUUGGCUGGACUCCCCUUCAGGCCCUCUACCCCGUCGAGGUCCUCAGCUACGAGAUCCGAGCCAAGGGUAUGGCUUUCAGCUCUCUCUUCACCAAUGCUGCCAUGCUCGUUAUGCAGUUCGGUAUCCCUGUCGCUCUCAAGAACAUUGCUUGGAAGACCUACAUCGUCUUCUGCGUCUGGUGUGUCUGCCAGUCCAUCAUUCUUUACUUCCUCGUGCCCGAGACCAAGAACCGAACUCUCGAAGAACUCGACCACAUCUUCUCAUCCGACAACCCCGUCAAGACCUCUACCCAGAAGAAGCUUUUCGAGGCCGAUUCCCACGCCAACAUUGUCAACAUCGAGCCCGCCGUUGCUGAUCCCAGCAAGGCUUAA